ACUGCAUGAAACCCUUUUCUGAGUCACAGGGAUAGGCUGCUUUCCCUCUUUGAAAACCCAAAGGAUUUAACAGGAUUUUCCCCUUCUCAAACACCACCCCCCUCACCCUGACCUUAACAGCUUCCCAAUGUUAGGGAAAGGCAGGAAGUUUUCCCUGUGGUUUUUCUUUGUGACGACAUGAUGGGACAGGUUGAUCAAUGGGGGAAAACCCAUGUCAGAACACGCCUUCUGUGUACAUUCCCAAUAUUUGCUAUAAGAAGGGCCAUCCCAGACCCAGGCUACUAUCAGAACCUAGCAUUACUCCCAGAGCCCUCGGUACUCAGCACUGAGAAGAUCUAUUCUUUGAGCUGAAAAUGAUGUGCAGUAGCAAGAAUUUGCUCCUGGCUGCUUUGAUGUCAGUGCUGCUACUCCACCUCUGCAGCAAGUCAGAAGCAGCAAGCAACUUUGAUUGCUGUCUUCGAUAUACAGAACAUAUCCUUCAUCCCAAAUAUAUUGUGGGCUUCACACAGCAAUUGGCCAAUGAAGCUUGUGACAUCAAUGCUGUCAUCUUUUACACAAAGAGAAAAUUGGCUGUGUGUGCAGAUCCAAAGAAGAACUGGGUGAAAAAGGCUGUGCAAAUCCUCAGCCACAGAGUCAAGAAGAUGUAAAACAGAUGCUUUCUAGAAUGGAAUUGUACAGAGCCUAUGAACAAAAAGAAUCUAGCAGGAGUUGGUUUUUGAGAGUGUAGCACAUACCUGAUUUGUGCUUCAUUGGACUUGUCCAAUUAAUGAAGUUGAUACAUAUUGCAUCAUAGUUUGCUUUGUUAAGCAUCACAUUAGAACCAAACUAUUUUAUUUU